CACCUGGCUGCCGGUGCUUUUUGUUUUUUUUCCCCCCUGCGGGGGGCUGCGAGACCUGGUCGCCGCGACAGACUCUGAGCGGGGAAAGGGGGGGGGGGGGGGUGCGACCCCAGGCUCGCGCGGCCCCGCCCCCGCAGCCAGCCCGCCUGCCGCAGCCCGGAGCCCGAGCUCCGCCCUCCACCCGCCCGCCGGGCUGCCUCCUCCCUCCUCGCUCGCUAGCUCGCUCCCUCCCCCGGGCGGGCUCGGCGCUGACUCCGCCGCACGCUGCAGCCGCGGCUGGAAGAUGGCGGGGAACGACUGCGGCGCGCUGCUGGAUGAAGAGCUCUCGUCCUUCUUUCUCAACUAUCUCUCUGACACGCAGGGUGGGGACUCCGGGGAGGAACAGCUGUGUGCUGACUUGCCGGAGCUCGACCUCUCCCAGCUGGAUGCCAGCGACUUUGACUCGGCCACGUGCUUUGGGGAGCCGCAGUGGUGCCAGGAGACCGCCGAGACUGAGCCCAGCGAGUACAGUCCUGAUGACUCCGAGUUCUUCCAGAUUGACAGUGAGAAUGAAGCUCUCUUGGCUGCUCUCACUAAGACCCUGGAUGACAUCCCUGAAGAUGAUGCGGGGCUGGCUGCCUUCCCGGAACUGGAUGAAGGAGACACAGCAUCCUGCCCCCUAGCUUCACCUGCCCCCUUAUCUGCGCCCCCCAGCCCCUCCCUGGAGAGGCUUCUGUCCCCAGUGUCUGAAGUGGAUGAGCUUUCACUGCUGCAGAAGCUCCUCCUGGCCACAUCCUCCCCAACAGCAAGCUCUGACGCUCUGAAGGAGGGGGCCACCUGGUCCCAGGCCAACCUCAGGUCCAGAAGUCAGCGGCCUUGUGUCAAGGUGGAUGGCAACCAGGAAAAGAAGACUCCCAUGCUGCGGUCUCAGAGCCGGCCUUGUACAGAACUGCAUAAGCACCUCACCUCCGUGCUGCCCUGCCCCAGAGUGAAAGCCUGCUCUCCAACCCCCCACCCAAGUCCUCAGCUCCUCUCCAAGGAGGACGAGGAGGUGGGGGAGGACUGCCCAAGUCCCUGGCCAGCUCCAGCCUCUCCCCAAGACUCCCUAGGACAGGACAGGGUCAGCCCCAGCACUGUCCAGGCUCCCCAGGAGGAUGUGAGGGCCAUGGUACAGCUUAUUCGUUACAUGCACACCUAUUGUCUGCCCCAGAGGAAGCUGCCCCAACAGGCACCAAAUCUGGCCCCCAAGCCCUGCAGCAGCCCCUCCAGGCAGGCCCCACCCCGAUCCCGGCAUCCCCCCAAAGCCUUGUGGACUGAGUUCUCCAUCCUAAGGGAACUUCUUGCUCAAGAUGUCCCCUGUGAUGUCAGCAAGCCCUACCGCCUGGCCACACCUGUCUAUGCUUCCCUCACACCCCAGUCCAGGCCCAGGCCCCCCGGAGACAGUCAGGCCUCCCCUGCUCACUCUGCCAUGGCAGAGGAGGUGAGGAUCACAGUUUCCCCUAAGAGCGCUGGACCUAGACCUAGCCUGCGCCCUCUGAGGCUAGAGGUCAAGCGGGAUAUCAGCCAGCCUGCCAGGCAAAAGCAGGAGGAAGAGGAGGAGGAAGAGGAAGAAGAGGAGGAAGAAGAAAAAGAGGAGGAGGAGGAAGAAGAAUGGGGCAGGAAGAGACCAGGCCGUGGCCUGCCAUGGACCAAACUAGGGAGGAAGCCAGACAGCUCUGUGUGCCCCGUGCGGCGUUCCAGGAGACUGAAUCCAGAGCUGGGCCCUUGGCUGACAUUCACUGAUGAGCCCCUAGGUGCUCUGUCUUCGAUGUGCCUGGCUACAGAGACCCACGACCUGGAGGAGGAACUGGGCAGUCCCACGGACAGCAGUCAAAACCAGCAGCUCCCCCAGGGAUCCCAGAUCCCAGCCCUGGAAAGCCCCUGUGAGAGUGGGUGUGGGGACACAGAUGAGGACCCAAGCUGCCCACGGCCUCCUUCCAGAGACUCCCCCAGGUGCCUCAUGCUGGCCUUGUCACAAAGUCACCCUCUUGGCAAGAAGAGCUUUGAGGAGUCCUUGACGGUGGAGCUUUGUGGCACGGCAGGACUCACCCCACCCACCACACCUCCAUAUAAGCCCAUGGAGGAGGACCCCUUCAAGCCGGAUUCCAAGCACAGCCCAGGCCAAGACACAGCUCCCAGCCUCUCCCCUGAGGGCCUUCAGCUCACAGCCACCCAAGGGACCUCCCACAAGCUGCCCAAAAGGCACCCAGAGCGAAGCGAGCUCCUGUCCCACCUGCAGCAUGCCACAGCCCAGCCAGUCUCCCAGGCUGGCCAGAAGCGCCCCUUCUCCUGCUCCUUUGGAGAUCAUGACUACUGCCAGGUGCUCAGGCCAAAGGCUGCCCUGCAGAGGAAGGUGCUUCGGUCCUGGGAGCCAAUUGGGGUUCACCUUGAGGACUGGCCCCAGCAGGGUGCCACUCCACCAACUGAAACAAAGGCCCCUAGGAGGGAGGCGGACCAGGGCUGUGACCCUAUCCCUAAGGACAGCAUGCAGCUGAGAGACCAUGAGAUCCGUGCCAGCCUCACAAAGCACUUUGGGCUGCUGGAGACUGCCCUGGAAGAUGAGGACCUGGCUUCGUGUAAAAGCCCGGAGUACGACACUGUAUUUGAGGACAGCAGCAGCAGUAGUGGUGAGAGCAGCUUCCUGCUAGAGGAGGAAGAGGAGGACGGAGCGGAGGAGGAGGAUGAAGGAGAGGACUCAGGGGUCAGCCCUCCCUGCUCUGACCACUGCCCCUACCAGAGCCCACCCAGUAAGGCCAGUCGGCAGCUCUGUUCCCGCAGCCGCUCCAGUUCUGGCUCCUCGUCCUGCAGCUCCUGGUCACCAGCCACCCGGAAGAACGUCAGGCGUGAGGGCAGAGGGCCCUGUUCAGAUGGAACCCCAAGCGCCCGGCAUGCCAGGAAGCGACGGGAAAAAGCCAUCCAGGGUGAAGGCCGUACGGUAUACAUUCGAAAUCUCCCCAGUGACAUGAGCUCCCGGGAACUGAAGAAGCGCUUCGAGGUCUUUGGCGAGAUAGUAGAGUGCCAGGUGCUGACAAGAAGUAAGAGAGGCGAGAAGCACGGCUUCAUCACCUUCCAGUGUUCAGAGCACGCUGCCUUGUCUGUGAGGAAUGGCGCCACCCUGAGGAAGCGGAAUGAGCCCUCCUUCCACCUGAGCUACGGAGGGCUCCGGCACUUCCGCUGGCCCAGAUACACUGACUAUGAUCCCACAUCCGAAGAGGUCCUUCCCUCAUCUGGGAAAAGCAAGUACGAAGCCAUGGAUUUUGACAGCUUACUGAAAGAGGCCCAGCAGAGCCUGCAUUGAUAUCAGCCUUAACCUUCGAGGAAUACCUCAAUACCUCAGACAAGGCCCUUCCAAUAUGUUUACGUUUUCAAAGAAGUAAGUCUAUGAGAAGGAGAGCGAGCCAAUGAGCGAGCGUGAGAGAACACACGUGAGAGAGAGAGAGACUUGAAUCUGCUGUCGUUUCCUUUUAAAAACAAAUCAAUGUUUACAUUGAACAAAGCUGCUUCUGUCCGUGAGUUUCCAUGGUGUUGAUAUUCCACUGCCACAUUAGUGUCCUCGCUUCCAGCGGAUCGUCCUGGGUGCACCUCAAAGUGCUGUCAGUCAUCCUCUGCCCCUCCCACCCGACUGACUUCCGUUCGUAGACUUGAGCCGUGUCUGCCAUAACAUCUUCUGUCUGUAGUGUGUGAUGAUGAAAUUGUUACUUGUGAAAUAGAAUCAGGAUUAGUAACUCAUUUUUAAUUGAAGAAAAAAAAAGUAUAUCCUUAAAACAAAUGUAUUUAUGGCUCAGCUAUCCUGUGCCUGGGAUUAUCGUAUUGCUUCCUUGACUGUUUAACUAUGCACUGUCACGAGGUGUUUGCUACUCAGCUGCACUGCUCCCCUGGCCAUGCAGUCCUGGAGGUGCUGGGUGGCCACUAGGUCCCCAGAAAAGAGCGGCUUGCAGUCACAAGUGUGAAGAAGAGAGAGGUGUCCAGGUAUCUUCUAUCAAACACCAGGGUCUCUUCCUUUGAGUGAGCGCCACUCAGGUUGUAAUAAGGAUCCCUUUCCCCUGUCUGACUCACAUUUGGAGAGUGCCUGUCUCUAGUGCUCAAAGCCUUGAGUGCCUGUAAGGUGGGGCAAGCCGUGUUAGACCCAUUCAACAGGGAAAGAGGACAAUGUCCUGAGAGGUGAAAUGUCGUGCCCGAGGGAGCAGGCAGAGCUGCAGUCCGCACCAUGCCUCCCAACUCCUGGCCCCGGCCUGCUGCCGUACUUAGCAUAAAGAUGCAAAGGUCAGAGAAUUAAAGAGUGGAAUUAGCUAAAUUGAGCAGUAGGCUAGAAGCCUAUUAGCUCAUUUGAGAAUUAGGCCAACAGUUGACUCACCAGCGUGAAGGCAAAUGUAAGCUUCGGCACAGGCUCGGGUCUCCUUCAGCUUUGGUCCUCAGUGUCCUGUGACUUACCUUGCCUGUGGAUAGCCCUCAGGCUCUGAGACACCUGCCAGUGACACGCAGACGUCACCCAGGAGCAGCCAUUUGGGGCAGAGAGGGCAACUGGCAGCCUCUUCUAUAUUCUACUGUUGUCCAUGGCUGUCCCUGCUCUGUAGAGUUAUAUAUAGGUGUUGAGUGAGGGGGUUGUACAGGUUGGGGUGGACAAGGCACUCGCAAGGAACAUUCACAGUGGGGUCUUCCUUGAACUGUUCUUGACUACCGUCAAAGCCAUAUCCAGUGUGACAUUCCCUGGGUUCCCAGGGGGUCGUUUGUGUGGAGAACUAGCUGGGCAGAGCAUCCGUUCUAACACUUCAUAUAGAUCAGUUCCUCCUUGGUCUUGUGACAUUUUCUUCCUUUCUUUCUCCAGUGUUCUGCCAAAUAAGGAUGUUUGAAAGUAAAUGACUCAUCAUUAAACUAACCAGGCUAAAUUAAUCAGCUGCUAAUGCCAGGCUUAUUCCUUUGAGAAUUGGUUAAAUUUUUUUUUUUUUAAGAUUAUCAAAUACCUCAGUAGAGAAAGUGAGGCCGUGCUCUCGUGCUUGGUGUUCAUAAAACUCUCCACCCAUAGAUAAGGCUGGAGGAGACCGGCUUUAGUGGGAAUAGGGAACCAGAGUAUCUGUGUGUCAGAUACUCCCUAAAUCCCAGUUGACCUCCCUAAAUCCCAGUUUCCUUUCCUGUGAAAUGGACUGAGGAGCACAACUCAGUCUUAACAAAAGUCUUAACUGUUUAGGCGGUAUUUAGCCACAGUUGUGACUCCCACAACCAAUGCCAAUACAGACAUAAUUAAUUAACUGAUCAUAACACUAAUUUUUUUUUUUUUUUUUUUUGAGCCUGGUUGUCCUAUUAGAAUCCUCGACACAGUGCUCUGGCAGGCAUUAGUAAUUGGCCAGUGUUUAAUUUAAUUGACAUCCUGGUCUACUUUUUGAAAGGCUUCCAUUGUAGAGCCAUAUGCUAGCUGGUUUUUAUGCUGGCUCGUCCCUGUCAUGACCUGAUCCAUGGUGAGGGGUUGGGGAGGGUGCCCUUAAAACCGUUACUUGGCAGAAGACUCCCAAUACUAUUACAAAAUACAAUAGUAUAGAGAGGGGAGGGGAGGAAUAGCAAACAGGAACAUAACUGUAGAAAGUGUAGCUUCUAAGGAUAGAUCCAAAAAGGGACUUUGCACGGCACAGAGCCAAUCGUUCUGAAUUCCUUUAGAGUUGUUCAUUUCCUAGCAGAUGGUAGGAACAUGGAAAAUGGGUAUGGAAUGGAACAGAAUUAAAGUUCUUCAGUUGCAUCCACUAAAACUUGGGCUCUUAUCACAGGGGAAAGCUAGUGUUUACUGAAAUCAUCUGCUGGGAAAGGGACUAGAUAUAAUCUAGGGAGCCAUUUGAAUUCUGACCCCCACCAAGGGGCUUUUGUGGCUUCUAAGUCCCUUCUUCCUGGGCCUGGGAGUGUAGGAGUUGUCCAGGGAACCCUGGGCUCUUACUGUUUGCUUCUGCAGUUACACUGGGCCAGAUGAUGGUUUCUGGGGAAAGAACAAAUUCUUAAUAAAUCCUAAGACUUUUUCUCCCUAGCCAGGGUUAACUGGAGCUGCCCAGUCAUUUCACUCUCUGGCAUCAAAAUCACUUAGAUGUGGGCUCUUGAGCAGAGCAGAACCUUGAGCCUGGCACCGGGGCCUAAUGAACCAGGGGUCACUGGUGGGAGCUGAUGCCCCCCAAUACUUUCUAGUAUUCUCCACUCGCCCUUCCACGAAAAUGGGCUACCAGCUCUGCAGAUGACCUCUCUCUGGAAGAUUCACUCGGUGCUGCACGAAAUUUACCAAGGAGACUAUCAGGCCCCUCCAAGACUAGGAAUCCAUCUUGGUCUCUUUCCCAUCAAGUCAAGAAGCCACCCAGAGGGAGCAGCUGCUAUUGGCAACCAUCUCGUUGUAGCUGUCCUCAUGUGUCUCAAUGAUGUUUGUGUGUGAUUGACAUACAGCUUCCUAUAGACUGUGUUGACAGCCGCCCAGGGAGGCAGGCAUCGUGUCAUCUUUGUGCUGUGCUGGUGUUUUCUAGAAAUGUCCAACCCAACCACCAAGUGGAAUUCUUUCAUCUCCUUCCUCAGUCAGCACAAGGCUGAAUCAGAGUCCUCUCUCAGGAGGACUCUGUUACCGAAGGAAAAUGCAUCAAAUAGGUUAAGAAUAUGAGUGGAUGGAGUGCAGCUAAGGUCCCUACUCCCCAUCCCCCUGACAUACAUUAUGGCCCCAACUAGAAAAAUGCUUUGAGUCAAGAAGUCCCUGUCCUAUGCCUGUGUGUAUCUGUUGAUCUUUUAGAAUCUGGUGAGCAGCAAGCCUCCAGGGCUAGGAGGAGUGCCUAGAGCCAGCCACAAAGACUUGGCCCUCAAGUCCUAAUGUGGGAAGACAUACAGUAAGGUGUCUUUGUGACCUCAAGUCUUACAGGUCAGUGUUUUGGGGAAGAGGUGAUACGCCUGUCAUGGCCACUGUGCAGGUGGUAAAUGGAAAGAAAGCUCAGGCAUCCCACUCUUCUUGCAUGGCCAGCUCUGUCUAGGGUCUGUCCCAGCCUUUGAGGUGAGUUCACCUCUCAGCUGGCCCUGCUGCCACAGAGGCAGGGCACUUCUCCAGGAGCCGGAGCCACCCUUAGAGGGUGUGUUGAUGAGAUUCACUGAGGUCAAAAGUAUUUUUCUUAAUUAAUGUCUGAUUCCCAGCGGUUGUUACCAGCUUGAGAAAGCCAUAUCCCAGUGUCACACGCGACAGUGGAAAGGGAUUGGGUGUAUAAUAGUAAAUAGAGUGAACCUGUUGGUUUCGUUAACCAAAGAAAAGGGAUCCCUUCACCCUUCUCGAUGGGGUAGAAGGAAACUAACUAGUGCUUAUGUGCAAUAUGUUGACACUGCUCUCCAAAUCCCUGAGGGUUUUGCACACAGAUGAGCUCCAGGGUUGUUUGAAGAGUCUGGGGAUACAGGGUAAGUUAAGGAGGAGCCCGGGAUAGAAAGUUCCAUGCACAGAGAUGGCCUAGGCCUAGAACAGAUGGGAGUGUGGGCUGGGUGCCCUGCCUAGCUGCGAAACACUGGAACACCCAGGAAGUAGCUGGGCAAACACUUUACACUAGUGGAUGAAAGCACUUUGAGAAACCUGACACUUCAGCCUUGCUCCACACUCUCCUCUGGCAAAUAUGUGUAUCCUUUAUCUGUGUGAGGUGCUGUCCUAAAGGCUGGGCUGGGGAUGGGUAAGGGGGCUAGUGUAAGAAGGAAAGUAGAGGCAUCUUUCAAGGCAGUAGUCAAAGAGAGCCAGCCCUCAGUCGCCUUCUUCACUAGAAGCCCAAGAAACAGAAUGAUGGUUUACAUCUUGGUACCCACUGUUGUAAAAACUGAAAUCACAGCCUAGUCGAUUGCAAUGCUUUGUGGAGCAAUCAUUUCACUGCAAGUUUCUUACUUGCUGUGUGACCUUAGGCCCCUGAGCUAGCAAAUGAGGCUGUCCAGGGAAGCCCAGAGUUCCACUCUCUGGCUAGCUCAGGGUGUGUGUGUAUAUGGGGGAGGGGCACUUUCUGCAAGGUAAGCAGCCUCCAAGCAGGAUGAGAUCCACACAGUCCUGGCUGAGGUGCCUUUUAUGAAGAGGCUAGCUCCCCAGGACAGAUCCAAGCCAUAGUUUCUUGUGGGGUGGUAAGGAAUUAACUAACCCUCGCUGACGAUUUCUAGUCUCACCUUAGCCUUCUCAUCAUCCCCACCGAACAGCUUUUAAUCUGAAUGUUGUGAUCACUUGGCCGUUUCUCUCUUGCUUGCAGACGAUACUAGCAAUACACUUGUUUUUCCCAAGCAGCUCAACUUCGACAGUUUUCACACACUGCUUUCAGAUGAUUGUAAAAUCCAUGGGACAGCAAGAGGCAUGGAUCACACUGCAUAUGUUUAGGGCAGCUUUUGGGGUUUUGUUUUUUGUUUUUGUUUUUAAUCUUUAAUGGCAUAGCAGCAGUGACCACGCCUUUGAGAUUUGGGGAGACAAAUUUUUCACAAAGCCAUUUCAUUGGAAUGCCAUGGACAUCCAACUGCCCAGACUUGAGGCCCCUGCAACAUACGGUUUCUAGGUGGUCAAUCUCUACAACGUCUCCUUCAAAAGGUAUUCAUGUGGCUACAAUCCCUCCGUGCCAUUUUUUUUUUUUUUUUUUGGUCAAAGGAUUCUCCAAGGAAGCCUUAACAAGCGUCCUUUCUCCCUUUGCUGGCCUUGGGUAGUAUCUUGUGGAGGAGACUGGCCAGCACUUUGCCUUAUCAAUGUGUGGUCGCCAAUUUAGUGGCCAAAGACUAGUGUCCACCAGCCACCAAGAUGGAAGGCAAAAUAAGUUCCUUUGGUCAGCCAACGCUAACCUGGCAGUGAAAUACAAUGGCACAAAUGAGUUGUCUCCUAUGUUCAGUAACAACUUGGAAAAUCAGCAGCUAGAUAGCUGCUUGUGCAGUCCAGAAAAUGAACUAGUUAUCCUGUUGUAGAGGAGAAGGGGUUGAAUCCUGCACCCGGGCAUCCAGAGGGGUUUACUGUAACUGCAAUACCGGCAGCCCCGCUGCCAACCUUGUUAAGUGAACCUCUGCUGGGUGGCACACGUGCUCCAUACGGGACAAGUGGAGAAACUGCAUUUGAGGAUUGGGGGAGAAGGGGCCCUGGCCAUGACCUUUGAUAUGGUCCACUGAAUAGCCAAACAGGUUUUGUGGUUUGUUUGUUUGUUUAAUUUUUUGUUGUUGCUAUUGUUUUGUGUUUUAAAAUCUUGUCAGAUGUUUUUGUGUAUACGUGUGUACGUGUUAGGAAUAAUAAGUCAUAAACUAUUCCCGCCUUGGCUUCUGAAGGGGUGUUCUGAUUCCAAUUGAAACAGGUUGGAAAUCUCAAGGGAAGCAUGGUCUGGGGAGUGCCUGGGACAGGGUGGGGGGGACACAUGGGCUGCCAGGUGGAUGCUGGGGAACAUGACCAUCCGGAUCCAACUCCGUGCAGAUGUCCCCAAAGAGUCACAACUCCCUCCUGGCCUCCUCUGGCUUCUCAGCACUGGCCUGAAGCACAUGCUUUUGUUAGAAGCCAAUGCUGAGACUGACACCAAGAUUAUCCAGCUCCCUAACCGCUAGAUUUCAAGAGAUGCCGUCUGUAGCUAGCCUUAAUUGACUGGGCAAGGUGGUUUCUCUGCUCCCUUCCUGAAGUUCCAGAUCUCGGACUCAAACCCCUUCUCUCUUAAUGUGACCAUGCAGCCUAGAGAAUUUUGAGCAAUAGGGAACUAGGGCUUUCCCUGGUUCUGUGACAGGGUCAACCCAGGGGAUGGCGAAACUUGAGAAGUUCUGUCACACCCAUGGUACUACUGUAGGGGGCAUUAUGUGUUAGGGAGCUCAACAAGGUAACUGUAGCCUGAGGUGCAUGAAUAUAAGGCUGUGUUUGUGGGUAUGUGUGCUUGGGUGUGUGCGUGGGUGUGUUACAUUGAUGCAUUUCUUGAGAAAGGUGCAAGAAUUUCACCUAUACAGAGGGACACAUCUGCUUUAUUAUUUAUAAUAGAAGCUAAAUUUUAAUUUUUUAAAGGACACUGCUAAUGAUUGAAAAAUCGAGUUUUUAGUUUUGCUAUUUUUUUUAAUUGGUAGAAGAUUUUUAUAUAUUUUUUCCAUUUUGUUGGGUUGUGUCCUUAUUUAUAUAAAUACUUUAUCCGUGAGGGGCGAGGAAGAAGACUUCUUUGCUCUUAAUUAUCGUGGUUGUCAUUGUCCCUAUUUUAUUUCCGGUGUGAUUUAUCCGUCUUACCUUCUAAAUGAGAAACUGUUUUCCUGUAUUUGUACAUUGUCAGAUUCUAUAGUUUCGUAGAUAAUUUAACCAAAUUGCUCUAUGUAUUAUUAUUCUGUGAGUAUAAAGUUCUAUUUUAACGUCUGUAAAUACUUCAAAACUGGCUUCUUUUCUUAGCUCCCACUGGGGAGCUAUUGUUUACAUCACAAAAAACUGUAGAAUCUCUAUGCUCAUGUACUGUAAAUAGUGAAGUGAUCUGCUUAUAAAUAAACUGAACAAAUACACUAUGGAAAUUAAAAAAAAUACCACCCAA